AUGGGGGCUGAGAACAUCACUUCUGUCACAGAGUUCAUCUUGGUGGGCCUCUCCAAUAACCGAGAAACUCAGAUUUUGCUCUUUGUGGUAUUCCUCAUUAUGUACUCAGCUACCAUUGUGGGGAACCUGCUGAUCAUAAUCCUCGUGCGGGUUGACUCUUGCCUCCACACACCCAUGUACUUCUUCCUCACACAUCUGUCUGGUGUAGAGAUCUGUUUUGUCACCACUACUGGGCCUCAGAUGCUGGCUCACCUGGUGAGUGGAAAUGGAGCCAUCUCCUUCACCCGUUGCGCGGCCCAGAUGUAUGCUACUACAUGCCUGGGCUGCACGGAAUGCCUUCUUCUGAGCGCCAUGGCCUAUGACCGCUGCUUGGCCAUCUGCAGCCCCCUGGUUUACGCUGCUGUCAUGAGCAAGAAGCACCAAUGGCAGCUCACCUCAGCUUCCUGGGCCGUUGGUUUCCUCCUUGCUGCGGUCAACGUGACCUGCACUAUAUCCCUCCCCUUCUGUGGGACCAACCACAUCAACCACUUCUUCUGUGAGCAGCCAGUUGUGUUUAAAUACGCCUGUAUUGAAAGCCGCUACACAGCGCCCGUUAUUUUCAUGGUGUCUACACUAAUCCUUGUGGGUCCCUUUUCUGUUAUCCUGAUCUCUUAUGGGCUCAUUCUCUACUCUGUGUUUCAAAUGCAGUCAAGAGUUGGACGGCGAAAGGCAAUUUCCACUUGUACCUCCCAUCUGGUGGUGGUCACCCUCUUUUAUGGUACGCUCAUCUUUAUGUACAUGAGACCUGGUGUGGAUGCAGCUGACGAUCGUGACAAGCAAACAGCUGUCUUUUACAUAGUGGUCACCCCCAUACUCAAUCCCAUCAUCUACAGUUUGCGGAACAAAGAGAUCCAUAAGGCAAUGGCCAAGGUCUUGAGAAGGCCCGGGUUUGAAGAACAAACCUGA